AAAAAUGAAUGUUUCUAAAUUAUGUAUUGAUACUGCAAUAGAUGACACUAAUUCAUUACCAUCUAUUAAUUCAACAUUAGGUUCUGAAAGUCGAACGCCGUUACCUUCUAUCAAUGAGUUAUCAUUGUAUAUAAACCAAGACAGAGAUAAACUUUCAACUAAAUGUCUUCAAUAUCAACUAGAAUAUCGAUUUUUAGAACCAUUAACACCGAAUCCAAAAGAAGGACAAACACGAUUAGAUAAUAAGCAUUCAUCCUAUCAGCAUGUGGAUAAUAUAGAUUCACCUUUAUCGUCGUCACCGCCCAAAGUUACCUUUUUAUCAUUAGAAGCUAAUAAGCUAAAGAAGAUAAUUGAACAAUGCACUAUGGUUUAUCAGAAAAUAGGAAUAUAUCGUGCAGAUCCACUUCGAGAAGCAGAAAGAAACCAAAUCAUGGAUGAUGUAUUUAAUAUCACGGAAAAUAUGCUGAUAGCCUUAAGAGAAUUAGAAGAAUCAAGUAAUGAAUCCCUGAUAGAUCUAAUAAAUCGUAGUAGUCAUAGAGAAUCUAUACAGCAGCCAAUUAUUUCUAUAAAUCCGUCAGCUAAUAUUGAAUACGAAUUAAUUCGACAAGCUCGAAAUUUACAAAAGAAUGCUCGACCGAAAUACCGUCGAAGAAAUAGGGCAAAUAUGACGUCUAGUAAUAUAUGCCAUUCAUGUAAUACAACAGAUACUCCUGAGUGGAGAAGAGGCCCUGAUGGAGCAAGGACUUUAUGUAAUGCUUGUGGUUUACAUUAUGCUAAAUUAUUAAAAAAAGGUUCAAUGAUAGUUCAAACACAAAAUUAUACCUUAGAAGCUCCUCCUUCUCCUCCUCCUAAAAUUAAUAAAUAAGUAUCGAAAACAAUUCAAUUUUCCUGUUAUUAUAACCGAUAAUAACCAUCUAACAACUAAAUAGAUAAAUAAACAAAUAAAUAAAUAAAAGUACGCUUAUUGUUUCCAUGUAAAA